UUUGGAACCUUUUUGCAUCCGGAAUCGACAUUGGCUCUACCAAUUCAAGUCACUCACAGAUCCCCACUAAAGAGCUCAAUAGAAUGUCUCAAUUCAUACCUACCGACUACACUCCCCUCCUCCUCAAAGGCUUCUCCGCCUGGAUCAUUUAUAACGGCGCAUCACAUCUUGUCCGCGGGAUAACAGAAUAUCUCGCUCAAACUGAGCGCGCAAGACUCCCUUCAUCAACCGUCUCCCUCAUGGAUUCGCAGAUCCGCUUCCUUGGCGGAACAUACAUUGCCUACGGCGCUGCCCUAUGCUGGACGUCGUACGAUAUCAAAGAAAGACAGCUGGCUUUGAAUAUUCUAUUGGCUGGUUUGGCAUUAGGCGGUACUGGGAGAGCUAUCUCAGCUGGGGUAUUUGGCUGGGGAUUUCCGUGGCUCCAACGAGCUACGACCACUGAGAUUGUCGUACCGCCCUUAGUCUACUGGUUUGGCUCACGCAAGUAUGUUUAGAUAGGGAAUGGUUGGGCCCGUGACCAGUUGCAAGGUCAAACGUCAUAUCCUGGUGACCUAUAAUUGACAAGUUGGCAGAGGGGAAUAGGAGGCAGUUUGCAUCAAACCCAGAGGUUUCAAGAUAUACCAGCAUUAUGGACAUGUUCCUUUGGGGACGUCUGCCAGAAUUUUACCAGGGUAGUAUCAUAAAACAGAAGAGCCCAAAUCGAGCUUAUUCCUUGAUAUUCGAUGACCGCGCUACAAGGU